UCUCUGCAGCUCGCCUCUGUUCUCUCUCUCUCUCUCUCUCUCUCUCUCUCUCCUCCACACCACAAUGCAGCUCCUCCCAGCAGCUUUCCUACUACUGCUGCUAAUCUGCGCCGCAGAUGCGCACAACAUCACCAAGAUCCUCGCCAAGCACCCUGAAUUCUCCACCUUCAACCACUACCUGUCCCUCACCCACCUGGCCCCCGAAAUCAACCGCCGAGAGACGAUCACAGUCCUGGCCGUCGACAAUGCCGGCAUGUCGGAGCUUCUCUCGAAGCACCUCACCAUCUACGCUCUCAAGAACGUCCUCUCUCUCCACAUCCUCCUCGAUUACUUCGGUGCGAAGAAGCUGCACCAGAUCACCAACGGUACAGCCCUCUCGGCGACCAUGUACCAGGCCACGGGCUCCGCCCCUGGUACGGCAGGGUUCGUAAAUAUCACUGAUCUUAAGGGCGGAAAGGUAGGGUUUGGAGCGGAGGAUAGCGGGACGUUGGAUGCUUCCUUCGUGAAAUCGGUGCAGGAGAUUCCGUACAACAUCUCCAUUAUCCACAUCAGCAAGAUCCUCACCUCACCCGAGGCCGAGGCCCCCACCCCAGCCCCCAACGAGAUGAAUCUGACGGCUCUGAUGUCGAAGCAGGGUUGCAAGGUCUUCGCCGACCUCUUAACGGCGUCAGGAUCCCUUAAAACGUUCGAAGACAACUUGGACGGUGGUUUAACGGUUUUCUGCCCUGGCGACGAUGCCACGAAGAAGUUCAUGCCCAAGUACAAGAAUCUAACGGCUGAGGGGAAAGCAUCGCUGCUGUUAUUCCACGGCGUUCCGGUCUACCAAUCGAUCGCGAUGCUGAAGUCAAACAACGGUGUGAUGAACACGCUGGCCACAGACGGCGUGAAGAAGUUCGAUUUCACGGUCCAGAACAACGGAGAAGAGGUGACCCUCCAGACCAAGAUCGUAACGGCGAAGAUAACGGGAACGGUAGUUGACGAAGAGCCGUUAGCCGUUUACACUCUCGAUAAGGUGCUGGAGCCCAAGGAGCUGUUCAAGAAGGUCGAGACACCGGCGCCGGCGCCGGCACCGGAGAAGCCCUCGCCUGCGCCGAAGGGGAAGAAGCUGUCACCGCCGGCGCCGGAGGGGCCCGAUCUAGCUCCGUCGGAUGAUCAAAAGGCGGCGGAUGAUGACUCUGGAUCCGUUAGAUUUAACGGCGGGUGGGCCAUGGUUGUGGGUUUGGGAGUUAUGUUGUUAAUUUAGAUUUUUUUUUUUAAAAAAAAAUUAUUUUCUUUUGGUUUGUAUGUGUGAAUUAGGUUUUUUUCUUUUUUUCUUUUUUUAUAAUUAUGAAAUAAGUUGCCCAUUUUUUUGUGGGGUGGUGUUUGGUUGGUUUUAUUUAUUUGUGAUUAUUUGUAAUUUUGAUUUUUUAUGGUGUGUUAGAAAUUUCUUUUAUUUAUUUCUUUUUUUCAUAUUUUGUUGGACAGUUGUAAAGGUUUCUUGAAUGUGUGACGGUGCUGGGUUUUGCUUCUCUUU